UGUGCCGCGCCGAGCCGUGCCGUACCGAGCCGUACCGUGUUGUACCGAGCAGUACAGAGCCGCACGGUGCCGUACCGAGCCUCCCGCCCAUCCUUCGCCGCGCCACGGAGGAUGCUCGGGCCGUGAGCCCGCAGCCGGUAGCCCCGGCACCGUGGAGCUAUGGGCAAGGACCAGGAGCUGGUGCAGGCGGUGAAGGCGGAGGACAUCGCAGCCGUGCAGAAGCUGCUGCAGAGGCCCAAGCCCGGCAAAGCCAAACUCCUUGGAUCAGCAAAGAAAGUCAAUGUCAACUUCCAAGACACCGAUGGGUUCUCAGCUCUGCACCAUGCAGCGCUCAACGGCAACACAGAGCUCAUCUCACUGCUGCUGGAGGCACAGGCUGCGGUGGACAUCAAGGACAACAAAGGAAUGCGGCCCCUGCACUAUGCAGCUUGGCAAGGCAAGAGGGAGCCCAUGAAGAUGGUGCUGAAAGCAGGCUCCUCUGUGAACAUCCCAUCAGAUGAGGGGCAAAUCCCCCUGCACCUGGCAGCACAGCACGGGCACUAUGAUGUGUCAGAGAUGCUCCUGCAGCACCAGUCCAACCCCUGCAUCAUGGACAAUUCGGGGAAGACCCCUCUGGACCUGGCAUGCGAGUUCGGCCGGGUCGGGGUGGUCCAACUGCUCCUGAACAGCAACAUGUGCGCGGCGCUGCUGGAGCCCAAGCCGGGCGACACCACCGACCCAAAUGGCACCAGCCCCCUGCACCUUGCCGCCAAGAACGGCCACAUUGACAUCAUCCGGUGGGUACCACGGGCAGGGGGGUGGGCAGUGCCAGGAAUCCCCCAGCCUCCCAUCCCUGAUGAUUCCGCUGCUGCCUGCAGGCUCUUGCUGCAGGCCGGCAUUGACAUCAACCGACAAACCAAGGCGGGCACAGCACUGCACGAGGCAGCUCUCUGUGGCAAGACGGAUGUGGUGCGGCUGCUGCUGGAUAGCGGGAUCAAUGCCCACGUCAGGAACACCUACAACCAGACAGCUCUGGACAUCGUCAACCAGUUCACCACCAGCCAAGCCAGCAAGGAGAUCAAGCAGAUGCUGCGGGACGCCUCGGCCGCGCUGCAGGUCCGGGCUGUCAAGGAUUACUGCAACAACUAUGACUUGACCAGCCUCAACGUGAGAGCUGGGGACAUCAUCACUGUGCUGGAGCAGCAUGCAGACGGGCGCUGGAAGGGCUGCAUCCACGACAACCGGACUGGCAAUGACCGUGUGGGCUACUUCCCCUCCAGCUUGGUGGAGGCCAUAAGCAAACGAACAGGUUCGUGGGAGACUGUAACAAUCCCCCACCACUACCAAAAGACCCCGCUCCCGGCUUUCGGGGCUGCUGUGCUAAACGGUGACGCCUCGUCCCAUCCGUUCCAUUCCCUGCCUCCACCUCCACCUCCACCACCACAUUCCCAUCAGACUCUUUUCAGUUCCUUUGGCUAUCACAGGCUCUCCCCUAGCAGUGCCAACGAGCCGCGUUACGGACAAGGGUCCCGUGGGGCCGACACGAGCCCAUCCCACCUCUCGCCGCCGCAGGGUGGAUCGGCUGUGCCAGCGCCUGCCGAGGAGAUCUGGGUGCUGCGGAAACCUUUUGCAGGUGGUGACCGCAGCAGCCUGGGCAGCACGGGCAGCGUGGCCUCUGCCCGCAGCUCAGGGAGUGGGCAGAGUGCGGGCAGUGGGGCACAUGCUCUGCAUGCUGGCUCUGAAGGUGUCAAGCUGCUGGCAACGGUUCUCUCCCAGAAGGCUUCUGCGCAAGAGUCCUCCGUGGGCGAUGGGCCGGCCAAGGCGCAGGACAUCCCCGCAGGUUCAUCAAGAUCACAGAGCAUGGCCAGCUCCCCCUAUGCCACUCAGCCCCCCGCUGAGCCCCAGCUGAAGAAGAUGGAGCCACCAUCUGAGGGGAAGAGCUCGGAGGCCGUGUACCAGUGGCUCUGCAAGUUCCAGCUGCAGCUCUAUGCGCCCAACUUCCUCAACGCCGGCUAUGACAUCACCACCAUCAGCCGCAUGACGCCCGAGGACCUGACGGCCAUCGGUGUCACCAAGCCAGGGCACAGGAAGAAGAUUGCCUCUGAGAUCAACAACCUCAGCAUCCCCGAGUGGCUGCCCGAGUACAAGCCGGCCAACCUGGCGCUGUGGCUCUCCAUGAUCGGCCUGUCCCAGUACUACAAGGUACUGGUGGAGAAUGGCUACGAGAACAUCGACUUCAUCACCGACAUCACCUGGGAGGACCUGCAGGAGAUUGGCAUCACCAAACUGGGCCACCAGAAGAAGCUGAUGCUGGCAGUGAAGAAGCUGGCAGAGCUGCAGCGCGCAGAGCUGGGCAAGUACGAGCCGAGCACACUGAAGAGGAAAGGGGCAGCAGGCCCGGAGGUGCUGACCAUUGAGUCCCCGCCGCCAGAGCCACCUGAGUGCCAGUCACCCAAGAUGACCACCUUCCAGGACAGUGAGCUCAGCAGCGAGCUGCAGGUGGCCAUGACAGGAGAAGGCCCUGAGGAGCCCCCCGAGAAGGUGGCAAACUCUGUGGCCCCUGGCUACCGCUCACCACCGGGGCUGGGCGGCCGUGCCAGGAUGAUGAGCAGCUCGCAGGAGCUGCUGGGUGAUGGCCCACGGGCACCUUCAGCCACUGCCAUCUCCAAGAGCCAGGAGUACCUGGCAGAGGGAGCUGGUGAGGGCAUGCCUGCACCACCCAAGGAGGGGCGCCCACCUCGGCAUGGCCACCCUGUGAAGCGUGCCAGCGUGCCACCAGUGCCUGGCAAACCGCGGCAGCCCUUCCCACCUGCAGCUGGGCAGCUGACACCACCACCAACCCCUGGCAAGCCACGGCCCCCCUCGCCCCAGGGCCCACUGGUGCCCCACGCCACUGCCAAGGUGAAGCCUACCCCACAGCUGCUGCCACCGGGUGAGCGUCCCGCCUCGCCCCGCUCCCUGCCCCAGUCACCCACCCACCGUGGCUUCGCCUAUGUCCUGCCGCAGCCUACUGAGGGUGAGGGGACACCAGCAGGGAUUCCCGUCCUGCCUGUCUCAGUGCCAGUGCUGUGCCUACCGCCAGCAGGCGAGGGUGAGGAGGAGCCAGGGAGACCGAAGAAGCGGGCACACAGCCUGAACCGCUACGCUGCUUCCGACAGUGAGCAGGAGCGGGACGAGCUGCUGGUGCCCGACGCAGGGCCCUAUGCCACCGUCCAGCGGCGCGUGGGCCGCAGCCACUCGGUGCGGGCACCUGCCGGCGGUGACAAGAACGUCAACCGCAGCCAGUCCUUUGCUGUCCGCCCAAAGAAGAAAGGCCCUCCACCGCCCCCUCCCAAACGCUCCAGCUCUGCCAUCUCCAGUGCUGGCAUGGCCGAGGACUUCCCCAAGGAGGGUGACAGUGAGGUGGCCACAGGGUCACCUGCCGCUGAGGAGAGUCGUCAGGAGCAGCGACGUGCCAGUGACCUGGGUGGCAGCGUGGACACGGGCAGUGCCGGCAGUGUGCGCAGCAUUGCCGCCAUGCUGGAGAUGUCCUCCAUUGGUGGCGGUGCUCGGGCGCUGGCACUGCAGAAGCCACAUGUGGCUGUGGGGCCAGGGCCAACCAAGGCACCCGAUGGCUACUACCUGCAGCCAGGCGCUCCUGCGGGCAGCCCCGAGCGUGCCCGUGUGGCCACCGUCCUGGCCACUGUCAAGCACAAAGAGGCCAUAGGGCUGGACGGGGAGGUGGUGAACCGGCGCCGGACCAUCAGCGGCCCCGUCACUGGGCUGGUGGCCGCCGCUCGCCGCGAGCGAGCCGACAGCGUGCGGUCGGGGUCGGGUACCGACGGCCCCGGUGAACGGCUGCGGGUCGAGCGCGGUGGCUCCCCUGAUGGCAUCCCCUUUGCUGAGGAGGGCAACCUCACCAUCAAGCAGCGACCGCGGCCCCUGGGCCCAGCCCGGGGGGACUCAGGAGAGGGGCUGUCCCCGACCCACCGCCAAGGGGACCUGGCCAAGGUGGAGGCCAGCGCCACGCUCAAGAGGCGGAUCCGGGCCAGGCAGAGCCAACAAGAUGGCGUCCGCUUUGUCCUCACCGAGUCUGACACCGUCAAGCGCCGGCCCAAGGCCAAGGACAAGGAACCGGCGCUGGAGCCGGCCCCGCUCAUUGUCUACCAGAACGGCACUGGCACCGUCAAGCGGCGCCCAGGCUCCGAGCUGAGCGGGGCUGAGCCGCCCCCAACCCCACCACCUGCCGCCUGCCCCGAUGGCCCCGACUACACCCCGCUGCCUGCCGAGCCCAAGAAGCCCUUCAAGCCACCGGUGUCUCCCAAGCCCGUGCUGACGCCACCGCCCCAGAAGGUCCCUGGGCAACCAGCACCCACCCCCAAAAAGGUGCCCAUCCCAAGCCCUGGCAGCCCAGAGGUGAAGCGGGUCCAUGGCACGCCACCCCCAGUGUCGCCCAAGCCCGUGCCGCCCCCCACGGCACCCAAGCCCCCCAAGCCCCACGCUGCCAUGCAGUCGGUGAGUGCCAGUUCCACGCCGGCCCCAUCCCCUGCCCGGCAGCUGGGUGCCACCACCGCCACCAAGCCGUCCAGCACGCCCCCCUCGCUCUGCUCCAGCCCCGCCAAGCCCCUCUCGCCCGGCGCCCAGCCCCAGCAGGUGCCGGUGAAGCCGCCACGCUCAGCCAUGGCCGGACCCUCCCUUGACACCGCUGGCCCCGAGUUGGCCCAGCAGAAGCUGGAGGAGACCAGCGCCUCCCUGGCUGCUGCGCUGCAGGCUGUGGAGGAGAAGAUCAAGCAGGAGGACAAUCAAGCGGCAGACUCGGCCGUGGAGUCAAAGAGCACCGUGAGCAUCCUGGACGACAUUGGCAGCAUGUUUGAUGACCUGGCAGACCAACUGGAUGCCAUGCUGGAGUGAGGGGCACCAGGGCCCCGCGAACCUCAGGGCUUACGUGGGCACAAGGGCACAACGAUCCACGACCCCCAUCCUGCCCCACUGCCCUCCUCCUCCUUGUCCCCUUUGUACAACCGUCCCCUCCUGGACGUCCCCUCGGGGUUUGCACAAAGAAGAAGAUACCUCAGGAUUGUGCUCACGGACUCGGCUCCGGCAGGACUCCCUUUGAGAAGCAAAAAAUAGUACUCAACUCCAACACCAGAAGAAACAAAGCAACACGACAGCCCCCACCAGCUGCUGGGGCUCCAGGAUUAG